UCAAUAGCUUCCAGUUUCCUGAGACGAUGUCGAGCCUAACAUUGCAAAGCGUGUUCCGUAUAGUCGUAGAAAAUGUGCUGAAUCGGUGGACAGCCUUGCGGCUUGCUGUAGAGCAUGGCAUGGGAGGACCACUUGGCUUAAAUACGGCCAUAGAGUUGAUUGACUAUAUAACAUCGUACUGCACAGAAAAUAAAAAUGUAGACACAAUUGACUUACGGGAAGUGUUGGAAGAGAUAAUGGAUCAGGAGUUUGAAACUAUCUGUGAAGAUGAUUCAACGCAAGAGAUUAGUGCUGUUUUAAUGAAAUACCUAAAAAUGCUAAAGGAAGGCAAAGAGGAAAUGGUGAAAGCUGAAAUCGGCAUGAUGAGUCCAUGCGAUAUGUGGAUAGUUAGCGGGGCGAAGAUUAAAUACCAACGAAUGGAUGAUAGUAGCGAAAGCGAAGAAGACGAUAACGAUCAAGAGGAUAUGGAAGUAGAGCCGGUUGCUGAUGGUUCUGGAACUGCGGCUAUUAAUCCAAGUACUGGAGGUUCAAGUACGAGGUUUAUCGAAGAGAGCAUUGAUCCCGGUUGGACACAAGUUCGGGGCAGACGGCGUCGCUAGAGGGAGACUUGAAAUAGGGUGCGUGAAUGAACAUAUUGUAAAUAAACAGUAACUGAACAA